AUGUCAAUAGAUGACCUUCGUGGAAUGUUACCAUCGACGUUUACAGUAGAAGGUUCAGCAGGAUUGCUUACAAGAUUGUCAAUUGGUGGCAUUUGGUCUCGUGAGAACAUUGUUAUAAAAUCCAGUAUAAGUGAAUUUGCUGAAGAAUCUAUAUUAUGUCUUUCAAACUAUAUGUAUUCGCCGCCGAAGCAUUAUAGUAUAACAAACUUUGUCAGUAAGUUUAACAUAAGACUUGUCGAACCUUCUUCAAUGAAAGAUGUUGUGCUACCUAAAGAUGGAAAGGAUGGACUCAUUAUUGAGAUGAUUUUAAUAGCAUAUUAA